GAGCCCGCUCCUCGCCGGCUGAAGGGGGGGCCGGGAAUCUCCCGGUCGCGAUGUUACGGCUUGGAUGUUGCUGUUGGUAUUCACUUUGAAAGAGCCUGAAUGGGACUUUUCCCCCCCUUUUUUCCCUUUUUUUUUUAAGCCAGAGCUUUGUUGUGCUAAACUAGUUGGACGAGUUAGGGUGUCGCUGCUCCUGAUUGCUCUGGCCAAUGGAACCCGAUCCACCCUGCUGUGCGUAAGAGCGCAAUUAAGGAUUUAACCAAGCCUAUGCUGCGCCCCAGCCAGCAGUCUGCCGGAGACAGACACGGAGACUCAGAGCCUCCCAGCCUCCUCCCCCAGACAUGUCUGCUUAGACCCGAGCAGCCCAGCAGCCAGCCGCGGCGAGCAGCCGGCUCCGAGCUAUGACAGGAGUAUUUGACAGAAGGGUGCCCAACAUCAGAUCCGGCGACUUCCAGGCUCCUUUCCAGACGGCUGCAGCCAUGCACCAUCCGUCUCAGGAAUCUCCGACUUUACCCGAGUCCUCGGCUACGGACUCCGACUACUACAGUCCCGCGGGGGGAGCCCCGCACGGCUACUGCUCGCCUACCUCGGCUUCCUACGGCAAAGCGCUCAACCCUUACCAGUACCAGUACCACGGCAUGAACGGAUCUGCUGGGAACUACCCUGCCAAAGCCUACGCAGACUACAGCUACGCCAGCCCCUACCACCAGUACAGCGGGGCUUACAGCCGGGUGCAGAGCUCUGCCAGCCAGCCAGAGAAGGAGGUGGCGGAGCCCGAGGUGAGGAUGGUGAACGGCAAACCAAAGAAAGUGCGCAAACCCCGGACUAUUUAUUCCAGCUUUCAGCUGGCGGCGUUGCAGAGGAGGUUUCAGAAGACUCAGUACCUCGCCCUGCCCGAGCGAGCCGAGCUGGCCGCCUCGCUGGGACUCACGCAGACGCAGGUGAAAAUCUGGUUUCAGAAUAAAAGAUCCAAGAUCAAGAAGAUCAUGAAGAACGGGGAGAUGCCCCCGGAGCACAGCCCCAGCUCCAGCGACCCCAUGGCCUGCAACUCUCCACAGUCGCCCGCGGUUUGGGAACCUCAGGGCUCCUCCCGCUCCCUCAGCCACCAUGCCCACGCACACGCUCACCCUCCAAACUCCAACCCGUCCCCUGCAUCCAGCUACCUGGAGAGCUCUGCUUCCUGGUACCCCACUGCCAACGCCAUCAACUCCCACCUCCAACCCCACGGCUCCCUACAGCACCCGUUAGCGCUGGCCUCUGGGACAAUUUAUUAGAAUCUGACCUUUAUUAUUUUAUUUUUUUGUUCCUUGGACUCCUGUGUUUUACUGUUAAGGAAUAAUAACGAAAGGAAUGCAUAUGGGGGAUUUUUUAAGGGAAACGAAACAAACAAAAAGAUUAAAAUGUGUAAAACUUGUGCAUGUAACUUAUUGCAUUUCAAAGGAAACCCUUUUUUAUACAAUACGGACUUUUUUGGCUCAGCUGUGGACACUAUCAAUGGUGCCUUGAAAUCUAUGACCUCAACUUUUCCAGAGACUUUUUUCAAUGUUAUUUUAACCCUGUAAAUAAUUGUAGAUAGAGGAAUUAAACUGUAUAUUCUGAAUAAAAUAAAAUUAUUUCGACCACGA